AUGGCCAAGAUCUACCCUCACGCGUCGGUGGUCGGCGUAGACCUUGCACCCGUACCCGUGGAUACUUCUACUCUUCCUACCAAUUGUCGGUUCGAAGUGGAUGAUGUGAACCUUGGGCUGAAGCACUUUCAUGGGCAAUACGAUGUGGUCCAUGCACGACUUAUUUCGAGUGGCUUGAAGAGUUAUAGGAACAUGAUGGAAGAAGCGGAGAAAUGUCUAAAGCCGGGAGGAGUUGUGGUCUUUAUCGACUACGAUGCGCAAUUUUGCGCCGAGGAUCAAGUCAGCCGUCAGCCAAUGGCCGAGAGCAAUGAAAAUGAGAUGAGAAAUGGUGCGCCCCUAAUGGGAAGUGACAUCCUCGGUAUGGAGGCAUCUCUCGACGAAGGUAUAUGGGGUCAUGAAUUGAUCGACUCGGAAAC